AUGCUUCGUUUUGUCUUCGUGGCCUUCUUCGUGCGCUUUGCGCUACUUCUCGGAGUCUGCAACUCGGAGCGACCGAAUGUGGUGUGGAUCAUGGCGGAUGACCUGGGAUGGGGCGAAGUGGGGCUGUACCCGUCGAAUUCGUCUCAUGGCCGGAUCGCGACGCCACAUUUGGAUCAAUUCGGUCGGGAAGGAAUUAUAUUUCGACAGGCAUAUGCCGGAUACACCGUGUGCGCACCGAGCCGCACAGCAUUCUUUACUGGAAGACACAGCGGCAACUUCCUCAAGUGGGGUCUAAACGGGGAGGCGCUGCGUCCCAACCAAACACAGACAACACUUCCUCAGGUCUUAAGCCAGGCGGGCUACCAGACCGGGGCUUUCGGAAAGGUGGCGCCUUUGACUUCACCGCUGCAGCAGGGCUUCGACACUUUCCUCGGACAAGUCGACCAAGCGCUUUGCCACAAUAUGUACCCUGUGAAGAUCGAUUCGGGAAUGGAGCAGCUAAACUUUAAGCUGUCAGGGAACCUCGGAGCAAAGUCUCGUGAUCUUUGCAUGGGAAGUCCUGAGGCCUACAACUACACCAUCGACAUCUUUCAUGAUCACGGCAUGGCCUGGCUCGAAGCUGCAGCCUCGGAGGCUUCGAGAAGGCCUUUCUUCCUCUUCCUGAGCUACACAAUACCUCACGCAGGGGGUUGGUCGGACGCACCUAAGAGUUUGGAGUCGGGAAAUCCCGUGCCUUGUGAUCUGCAGUACGCAGAUGAGCAAUGGCCAGAUGUUGAGAAGGAUCAUGCUGCCGUCAUUACAUACCUCGACAACAAGGUAGGCGACCUUCUGGCACGGCUGAAAGCCUUAAACAUCGACAAGAACACCUUGGUCUUCUUUGCAUCUGACAACGGAGCACACUCGGAAGGAGGUCAUGACCAUCGGUUCUUUGAUUCCACGGGUGGUUUGCGAGGCUACAAAAGGAGCAUGUUCGAAGGCGGCGUGCGCUCCCCAACCAUGGUACGCUGGCCAGACAGCAUCCCUGCUGGUCGUGUAUCAGAUUUUGCAUGGGCCUUUUGGGACGUGUUGCCCACAAUCGCAGAGAUUGCCGGGGCGAGCGUUCCCCACAGCCUGGACGGCAUUAGCAUCGUGCCAGAGCUGAAGGGUUCGUUUCAGAAGGAGCAUGACUAUCUGUACUUCACGUGGAUUGGCGAGGGCGGCGAGGGCACUGGCAGCGGCACUCGUGUGAAGCAGGUGCAGUUCUGUGCCGUUGUGCCUGUGCCUCACUACAGGCCGAGCCUCUCAGACGAGAUGCACCUCUUCGACCUCUGCGCGGAUCCCUUUGAGAAGACAGACAUUGCGGCAGUGAAGCCAAGCACUGUUCUACAGCUAAAACAGCUGGCUGUUUCAAAGAACUUGUCUUGCAUGUGCUACCAAUGCGGAUUCCACAAGACCUCGGCCGAAAUUCUCGUGUGA